GUCCCCACACUGCCUCUUGUGCUGUUUACAUCCGUUCCGCUUCCUGUCGUCGCUAUACUGGAGUUUGUGUGUUGUCACAGACUGACGUGAGCCCAUCCUGAAGCAUGGCUGGGAGACGAGCUGCUCUGAAGACCAUUGACUGGUUGGCUUUUGCAGAGAGGGUCCCCCCCAACCAGAGGACCAUGUUCAACAACCUGAAGACAAGGAGUGAUGCCAUUUCUGCAAAACUCACCGGUCUGCCUGAGAAGCCUGCUGCCAUUGACUGGGCCUACUACAGAUCUGCUGUGGCUAAAGCAGGAAUGGUGGAUGAGUUUGAAAAGAAGUUCAGCACCCUGACGGUCCCUGAGCCUGUAGACACUCAGACGUCACUUAUCAACACUCAGGAGGCAGAAUCGAACAAAACAGCCACUGCCUAUAUUGAAGCAUCCAAGGCUCGUAUAACCCAGUAUGAAAAAGAGCUGGAAAAAUUCAGAAACAUGAUUCCCUUUGACCAGAUGACCAUCGAAGACCUGAACGAGACUUUCCCAGAAACCAAACUGGACAAAGAGAAGUAUCCAUAUUGGCCACACAAACCCAUCGCUGAUCUGUAAAUGUACCACACUAUCCAUAUUCUAUCCACCGAGAAAAACCUGUACAGCAUGUGUAUACGAGUCUUGUUUUGUCCAUUCAGGAGUUUCUAAAAUUGAAUUGUAUUGAAUUUUGUCUGGAUCCACUGUGUGGAUGGAUUUUAAAAAAAAAGGAAAAUCAGACAUGAUUUGUUUUGCAUCUUCUUAAUAAAUCUUCAAAGUGAAUUCUGAAAA